UUCCUUCGCCCCGAAGGAGGAGAAAGUAGACUUGAGAGUGGGACCCGCUUUUCGCAUUCCUUCAUCUGCCAUCGGUCGCCGAUUCACCUCCGGAUCAAAAGGAAACGGAACAAAAAAAGCUCAGAAAAUUUCCAUUCAACAACAGACCAAAAAUCGAAAUUAUGUGGUUCGAAAUCGUCUGCGGCCUCGUCAUCUACAAGGUUUUCCGGCGACUAAUCUACGGCGGCGACGCCGACGACAUCCCUGACGUCGACAGCAAGCACUCCGACCUAAGCUUCGCCGUGGCCAGAAGAUUGGAGAAAAGCCACGGCGGCAAAGCUUACGUGGGCCUUCGGAUCCCCGAUCCUGAUACCAGCUCUCGGAAGCACAUUGAGAUCGUCUUGGUCACCAAAAGGGAAGUGAUGGUUGUGGCGGUUAGGAGUUUCUCUGGAUUUGUGGAUGUCGCUAAAGAUGGGGGUUGGGUUUGUAGUAAAGACGGAAAACGUUCUGAGGCUCAUCCUGAUCCUGUGGAGGAAGUAACAAAGCAGUUGAUAAUUCUGGAAGCAUACUUGGAGCAAAGGGGUGUAUCACUGCCAAAAGGACAUUUAAUUGGCAGAGUUAUACUCCCAAAUCCAAAUUGCAGGACUUCCUAUUCUGUUGAUAGUCAACCAGAGGUUAUUCCUUUUGACAAAUGGUCAGAGCUCAAGUCAGAAUCAAAAGGUGGGCUGUCGAGUUGGAUUAAAGACGCAUUAGAGUUAGAUCAAAGGCUUAAUUCUAUAUUCAGCACAGCACCAAUGUGGGAUAGGUUAGAGUUCAAAGGUGAUAGGAACAUUCUUGGCGAGUUCAUUGAGUUCAAGGGAAAUCAGGAUGAUAUGCAGGCUUUGAGGCACUUGAAAAGGUCAAAAGUUAGUCAGAUUGUCAUCCAAAAGUCGACGAUGUUUGGACCUUUUGGGAGAUCAAGAAUUUACGUCUUGUAUGCCCCUCGUGAUUAUCGAAGUGAAGGAUCAUCAGCUUCUGAAUUGAAGGAGGUGGCUGUGAAGCAAAGCACGGAGGUUGUGUUCCAGCCACUGAACUCCAAGAAGCCUAAGAAGUUUAAGCUUACAAGCAUUGUUUCCUUGACCCUCAGUGCUUAAGGGAUCCCUGAAAUAAUCACUGUAAUUUAAGAACCUGGGUAGAAAAAGCUAAAAUAUCCUCAAAACUUGUGAUAUGUGUUUUUCUGAGCUUUUAUGGUUUGCCACGCUCCUAAAAUUUGAAGUGAAAUAGCUCGGCUCGACUAUGUACGUAAAAAGGCAUUGCAUAAUUUUCUAGUAAAUACAGAGAGCAAGGGAAAUAUAAAUUUGGCA